AUGGAAAAUGCAACUGUUGCCAUUGCUGCCUUCUCCAUUUGCCUCAAUGUCAGCGUUUGGGAGCUUAUGAUUUGUCUCGGUUUCCUUGGUGCUGCAUGUGUAAGAAUUGCGAAUGAGCUAGGAAGGGGAAACGCGAAAACAAUAAAGUUCUCGAUAAGAGUGAACUUAGCUACUUCAGUAAUAUUCGGUCUUGUCUUCUUCAUACUAUGUUUGGUUUUCGGUAACAAAAUCGGAUACUUAUUUACAAGCGACGAAGAUGUUGUAAAUAUGGUGUCGGAGCUUUCGGUUCUUCUUGCCAUCACAAUGUUGUCGAAUAGCAUUCAACCAGUGCUAACAGGGAUUGCGGUUGGGGCCGGUUUGCAAAGUGUGGUGGCUAUUAUUAACCUUGUGUGCUAUUAUGUUAUUGGAAUUCCAAUUGGUAUUUUACUUGGCUUUUGUACUGAUCUUCAAGUUAAGGGAGUAUGGAUUGGAAUGAUUUGUGGUGUUAUCAUGCAAAUUAUUUGCUUAAGCAUCAUGAUUUGGAGGACGAAUUGGGAUGAUCAGGUUGAUAAGGCGUCUAAACGUCUCUCUCGUUGGUUCAAACCUGAUGAUUCAUCGUAA